CUUUGAUUACCGAACUUCAACCCAGCCAACUUCGACACUCCUCCACCAUCGCCUCUGAUUAAACCGCAAUCAUGGGUAGAGGACCAAAGAAGCACCAGAAGCGCCUCAGCGCGCCCUCGCAUUGGCUCUUGGACAAACUUUCGGGCACCUAUGCUCCCCGAGCCUCGCCCGGUCCACACAAGCUCCGCGACUGCAUGCCGCUCAUCGUCUUCCUCCGCAACCGUUUAAAGUAUGCACUCAACGGCCGCGAGGUCAAGGCCAUCGUCAUGCAGCGUCUCAUCAAGGUCGACGGCAAGGUCCGAACCGACGCCACCUACCCGACCGGCUUCAUGGACGUGAUCACCAUUGAGAAGACUGGCGAGAGCUUCCGAUUGGUCUACGACACCAAGGGCCGUUUCACAGUGCAUCGCAUCACCGCCGAGGAGGCCGCAUACAAGCUGGGCAAAGUCAAGCGGGUUCAGCUUGGAAAGGGCGGCAUCCCAUUCUUGGUUACGCACGAUGCACGAACGAUCCGGUACCCCGACCCGGCGAUCAAGGUCAACGACACGAUCAAGAUCGAUCUUACCACUGGCAAGAUCACGGACUUCAUCAAGUUCGACACUGGUGUCAUCGCCAUGGUGACUGGUGGCCGUAACAUGGGCCGUGUGGGUGUCGUCACCCAUCGCGAACGCCACGACGGAGGCUUCAACAUUGUCCACAUCAAGGAUGCGGUUGAUAACGAGUUCGCUACCCGCGAAGGCAACGUCUUCAUCAUCGGCAGCGAGAAGCCAUGGAUCAGCCUGCCCAAGGGCAAGGGUGUUAAGCUCUCGAUUGCCGAGGAGCGCGACCGCCGCCGUGCGCACGCUUAGGCUGGGCACUGAGCGUUCGGCAUGGGGAGUAAUGCCAACGGUGGGGUGGCGGAGAGUUGGACGGUGCUUCUUGCUAUGGUGCGGGAGCCAUCUGUUAUACCAGUCCGCGUGCUGGCAGGAAGACGGCGUUGAAGGACGGCAAAAUGCUAGCACACCCAUAGUGACAAGCGAAGGAGCCCAAAGAAGCUUCCAAACUCGAG